AUGGCAGAAGUACCAGCACUAACAGUUGUUAAUGUUAGAAGACUCUGUCUGGUAAAACCGGCCAUCCCAACCCCAACACAGACGAUGUUCCUCUCCAAUGUUGACCUUCUUUGGUUGCCCGUCAACAAUGUUCAGAACCUUGUCUUCUAUAAAAUCUCUCCUUUAGUCGACUACAAUUCAUUAAUCGAAGGCCUAAAGAAAAGUCUCUCCUCAGUUUUGGUGUAUUUCUAUCCUCUUGCUGGUCGAUUGAAAAUCGGGGAGUCUAGCAGAAUGGAGGUCAAUUGCAAUGACGAAGGAGUUGAAUUUACUGAAGCUUCAAUCAACAUACUCUUCCGAGACCUAGAAAGAGAUGGGUUUCAGCGUAAGCUCUUUUUCCAAAACCUUGUUCACGAGGUCGAUCCUUCUGAGAACAAGAAUUCAUGUAGACCGCUUCUAUCAAUACAGGUUACAGCUUUUGAGGAAGGCGGUAUAUGCAUCGGAACCACCCUUCAUCACGUUAUAGCGGAUGGAAAUUCGUUUUGGCAUUUCAUGACAUCGUGGGCAGAGUGUAGCAGAGGAAUCCCCAUUUCCAAAGAUCCUCAGCAUGCCAGAGCAGUUCUCAAACGAGGAAAGACAAAUCCUUCUAAAAAACGCGAAGAGAGCCUUGAGAAUUGGGCGGAUCUCAAAAAUAAAACAGAACUGGUAUACUCGACGUUCUGCUUUACGGAAGAGAUGAUACAAAACCUAAAACAGCGAAGUGGGGCUUCGAGUUCUUUUGUUGCAGUGGCCGCACAGUUCUGGAGAUGUGUAAUAAGAGCUCGUGAGGUGCCGCUGGAAGAAGUUGUUCAUUUCUCAUUGCUGGCUGAUUGCAGGGCUCGUAUUAAGCCGCCUAUUCUUCCAACUUAUUUUGGAAACUGCAUAUCUUUGGGUGUGGUGCAGACUACAGCAAACGCACUUACAAAUGCCGACAUCUCCUUCGCUGCAGAUGUUAUCCAGCAGCUCAUCAAUUCCUGCAGUGAUGAAUCUCAGAUUGAUCAUUUGAUUGCCUGGGCGGAGUCUUCUAAGAUGAAUGUUGGAAAUUUACUCAGAGAAACCGGGUGGCAAUAUGGAACUAAUACAGUAACUUCUCCCAGGUUUCCGUUGUAUGAGAUAGAUUAUGGAUGGGGGAAACCUGUGGAUGUACAGGUGGCAACUAUGAACGAGAUUGGAGCCAUGGUUUUAUCAUGCGCUAAGGAUGGAGGAAAAAGUAUUCUCGUCUCCACCUGUCUUCCUCAACACCAAAUGGACCUCUUACAUCGCCUUCAAAUCGUUUCAGUUGAAUGA